UGAAAAGAGACUCGUUGUGAAAAACACGCGCGCGCAAAGAGUUUUGUGGAGGGAAGUAAACGCCCAACAAUGUAGACCGAUUAGACGCGGCGAUCUGAAUUACAAUUAUAUCAGUCAAUUGGCCUUCUUCGAAUUGCGCGGAUGCGCUUCACUUGCCGCAAACUCGCCUAUCAACUUGUUUUUUCUACUGGUGUUCGCUGAUGCAUCGAAGCUGACUUGUCUAGUGUGGAAAAUCCACGUUUUAAAGUGAACAGUGAGAAACUACUGCAUUUAAAAAUUCAUCAUGUUCAGCUGGAUGAAAAAAGAGGAUGCCAAUCAGGAUCUGUUUGACAAUGUCACCGAAGGUCUCAAGAAAAUCUACAAGUCUAAGCUCUUACCUCUAGAACAAUUCUAUCAGUUCCAUGACUUUCACUCCCCACAACUUGAUGAUCCAGAUUUUGAUGCAAAACCCAUGAUAUUGCUGGUAGGACAGUACUCCACUGGUAAAACAACCUUUAUCAAGUACUUGCUGGAGAGAGAAUUUCCAGGAAUUAGAAUUGGACCAGAGCCUACUACUGACAGGUUCAUAGCUGUUAUGUAUGAUGAGAAAGAAGGUGUCAUUCCUGGUAAUGCUCUAAUUGUGGACCCACAGAAACAGUUUAGACCUCUGACCAAAUUUGGAAAUGCCUUUCUCAACCGUUUUCAAUGUUCAACUGUCAAUUCUCCAGUAUUGAAGGGUAUCUCAAUUGUUGAUACUCCUGGAAUUUUAUCUGGAGAAAAACAGAGGGUUGACAGGGGUUAUGACUUUACUGGAGUACUGGAAUGGUUUGCAGAACGUGUAGAUAGGAUAAUUUUACUGUUUGAUGCACAUAAAUUAGAUAUUUCUGAUGAAUUUAGAAGAUCAAUUGAAGCUCUACGUGGGCAUGAUGAUAAAAUAAGGAUUGUUCUGAAUAAGGCUGAUAUGGUAGACCAUCAGCAACUGAUGCGUGUAUAUGGAGCCCUUAUGUGGUCUCUUGGUAAAGUUUUACAAACACCAGAAGUUGCACGAGUGUACAUUGGAUCUUUCUGGGAUCAACCACUUAGAUAUGAUGUAAACAGAAGGCUAUUUGAAGAUGAAGAACAAGAUCUUUUCAAGGAUAUGCGAUCACUGCCACGAAAUGCUGCACUGAGAAAACUUAAUGAUUUGAUCAAAAGAGCGCGUUUAGCAACAGUACAUGCUUAUAUUAUUAGUGCCUUAAGGAAAGAUAUGCCUACAGUGUUUGGUAAAGAUACUAAAAAAAAGGAACUUAUUAAACACUUGGGACAGAUUUAUGAUCAAAUUCAACGAGAGAAACAAAUUUCACCUGGGGACUUUCCAGAUCUUAAAAAAAUGCAAGAAAAACUGGCUCACCACGAUUUUACAAAAUUCAAUCUCAUCAAACCUAGAUUAUUAGAAGUUGUAGAUAAAAUGCUUUCUGAAGACAUUUCAAAACUGAUGGGUAUGAUUCCUCAUGAAGAAACUACAACUACUUCAGAACCCAACAUUAAAGGAGGAGCAUUUGAAGGAGUAGAAGAUCAAGUAAGUCCAUUUGGAUACAAAAAAGGAGAAGGAAUUGAUGCUGGUGCUAAUGAACCAGAAUGGAUUGUUAUGAAGGAGAAGUACAAGUAUGAUUCUAUAUUUGAAACUCUUGAGCCGUCAGAUGGAAAAGUUACGGGUGCAGCUGCUAAAUCCGAAAUGGUUAAAUCAAAGUUACCUAACACUGUACUUGGAAAGAUUUGGAAGUUGUCAGAUGUAGACAAAGAUGGAUAUCUUGAUUCUGAUGAAUUUGCCUUGGCUAUGCAUCUAAUUAAGGUUAAAUUAGACGGACAUGAGUUGCCUGUAGAAUUACCGGAUCAUUUGAUUCCUCCCUCAAAACGAGACUUAUGAGACUCUAAGAAACAUUUUUGGACUUUUACAGAAUAAUUUCUGUUAAGAACAAAAGUGAAGAAUAUAAAUCAUUUUCAAAGCAAGAGUUUAAAAGAGCAUCACAGUAAUGAUAUCGCGAAUAAUCUUAAUGUGCAAAUGAACACGUAAAGAGCUCAUGUACUGGUUCAAAUGAACGUAAAGAGUAUUAUGUACUGGUUCAAAUAUGAUAGUUGCACAGAAUUAUUUUUCUAAAUCUUCAUGUGAUCAUGUGUACGUGACUGAUUAGUGUGAUUGGAUUGAAACUCAUAUAAAUUUAGAAAUAAAUCGUGCAUUUGGUAAUAUUUGCAAAAGAAUUUAUACAAAUUUUAAUAUUUAGUGUUAUUUUGUACAAAAAAAUCAUCAAUUAUUUGAAGACACUGUUACUCAUUGAAUAUUUUUUUCUUACAUGAUUUACAAGAAAUUUGAUAGGUCCAAAUACCGUGCUCCAAUAAAAAUAUCGGUGAUAAUGAUAAGAACAUAUAGUUCACACUUACACUGGAGAAAAAAGUUGAUAAAAGACUUUACUAAUUAAACGUUUUUAUCGUAUAAUUUCUAUAUCACUAUAAAAUUUAUAUGCUAUUGCAUGAUAUUUAUAUAAAUAAAUGUAAUAUACAAGCACAAAAACUUCGUAAGCACUCAGAAUACCAGUAUAAACAAAGAGUGUGAUUUAUGGAUCAAUAAAUAAUAGGUUUUCUAACGAAAAUUCUUAAAAAGCUAAGUUAUUUAUGAUUUUGUGGUUAUUUGCAAUGUAAAAUAAUUAUUUGUUAAAUUUUAUCUUCGACUCUUUCUUUUAUUUGAGUGUUUUUCUUUGUAAAUAGUAUAAUGAUUGUCACAAUUGUAAUUUCGAAUUAAUUAUUUCUUUAAUUAAGAUAAUCAUCUUAUAUCGAACUAUUUUAUUUGAGCCUAUGAGCAAUAAUGCAAUAUAAUACACUGUCAAGACAAUUAAGUGAAAAAAUAUUUAUUUACUUAAAUUAAAUUAUUUGAGUGUAAUAAUUGUAAAAAGU